AUGCAAUACUCCAGCGCUACCAUGCAUUCCGAGGUGCCGUCAAGCCACCUUGGGCCGCCGACAAUUAACUGGGACUAUGCGCUAUCCUUCCACAUCGCUAAUGACAGCGGUGAACUCCAAGAACCUCCUCAGCUUUCCUCUUCUGCUACUACCACUUCUGCUUCUCCUACCCAAUCAGUCACCUUUGCCGGCGACUUUACGCCUACCGACUUGCUGAACACCUCCGCCACGGAUUGGACCGCCUUUUCCUUACCUUCUUCUGACUCAUGUUAUCUUGGCAAUGCUACUCAAAUGCUCGCUGGAGUUCCUUCUUUAUUUACGACGGCCGAGGAAAAUAGAAACCUCUCGGCCAUGUCCUCCAGCACGGCCUCAUAUGUUUCAGAAUCAAUGAGCAAGGAACACUCGCAAUCCGGUUCUUCCCACACAAGCACCAAGGACCGCAUCAGCUACUCUUCUGAACAGUCUUCUUCUCAUUCCAAGUUGUCAUCUUCAAAGAACAGUCCACUAGCACCCGAGUCUUCUCGUGUUGAGAAACGCAAAGCCAAUACUCUUGCUGCUCGCCGCUACCGACAGAAGCGCGUCGACGCAAUGUGUAAUCUCGAGGCCGAGCUCAAAGACGUCAAGGCCGAGCGUGAUGACUACAAAGUCCGUUGCGCCAGGCUCGAGGGCGAAGUGGAAACUCUACGUGCUCUGCUACGCACGCAAAAGUAA